CUAUAAUAGGUGCAACACCGGAAAGAGGUUUUAAAAAAAAAUUAUAUUGGAUAGCACGAUGCCUUGCGUGUCCAUUUACUGGAAUUUUCUACAUGUUAGUUAUAGAAAAUAAAGAAAAAUCAAUGUUUGCAUAUUGGUUGCCAUCAGAAAGAUUUAUUACCGAUAAUGAUGAGCAAAUAUCAUAUAUGCCUUUUGGUUAUUAUGCUAAAAAGAUAUUAAAACCUACUAAUAAUGCAAUGAAAGAAUGUAUAAAAGACUGCGUAGCGGAAGCUAGCAUAUUAGAAAGACUAUCAUCAUUAGUCUCAGCUUAUUAUAUUAUAGUUGGUAUAGGAUCUGGAGUAGCAAGGAUAUAUACGCCAUCCUCAUGUACUGACUGGCCGUAUGUGUCAGUUUUAUUAGCUUGGACAUUUGUAGUAAUUUAUAAAAGAUCAAUCUGUGGAAAGUUAAUGGUGAAAAGUCCUAAUGAUAUGUUGAACGAGUUCGUAAAUACUAAAAAGUUAGUAUUAGAUGAACAAAUAAUUGUAAAGGAUCUUAGUGAAAGAGAUCUAAUACGCAAACGAACAUUGGUUAUAUUUAUUGGUAUAACAACAAUUAUAUUUCCUUGGCUAUCAGUACUUAUGGCCUAUAAUACUCCUCCUAUUGGAUAUUUUUGCAGAAGUCGAUAUCUUACUGUAAUCUGUUCUGUAUGGUCAAUUAACAGUACAAUUGCAUUUAUUUCUCAUUUAAAAGGGGAAUCAAGAAUAGAUAAUAACGAAAGUUUUAUUCACAGAAUAUAUGUUAUCUGUGGAUUUAUCAUGGCAGGUUUAUUAUUAUUUUUGGCUUUAUUAUGUGAUAAUAGGUCAUGGUGGGUAGAAUUUUUUGGAGAGAUUUGUAAAUCUAGUGAUUGCAUUGAUGUAACUUGUUAA